AUGGAAGGGCGCCCAAGGUCUUCCUCAACAAAUAUUGAGCAAGGUUUCUUGCCAUGGUUAAUGGAUCGUGUCACAGAACGACUAGAGAAAUCAGAACAAGGGCGUAUGGUGCUUGACGGUCUGUUGAGAGAAGUGGUCAGCAAACGUAGAGAGUUAUACGAGAGAUUAGAGCAGUCAAACCAACCAGCUGAUGGUGGUGAUGAUCAAAAACAAGACAGAAAAUCUCCACAAGCUGCCCCACAGGUUACCAUAGACGCCGCCCCUCCACAACCAGCCCCUGCUUCUACUACAGAGGCUGAAGAAGAAAAGCCAGCAGAACAAGCCAAAGAUGAAGACGAUGAACCUCAACAACAAGGAGAGGAAGAUGGAGGUGGAGAAGAUUAGACCAAAUUAAUAAUUCUUGGACAGUUUAAUGAAUAAUUAGUAAAGAUUAAAAAAAACAAUAUUGAACACAUUUAAGAUUUACUCAAAGUACGUAUGUAUCCUUCAAUAAACAAGACAAAAUUGAACUACCUUCUAUUGUGUUUUCUUUUCCUAAUGACAAGUGCUAUGGUCUUAAAAAAGUUUGUUAUGUUGUAUUUUGACAAUAGUGGUGAUAUAAGACAAGCUUUAAACAUUCUGUACUUACAUUGCUGUGGUUACUAUUCAAGAUUAAGAAUGAUUUCAAGAUCUGGUGCAUAAUACAAAUAUACUAUAAUAGUAUUCAUUUUCAUAAAAUUUUGUCUCAUUAUAAGCUGUAAUGUGAUAUACUUGCAAUUUGCUUAAAGGUGCAUGUAUUUUAUAAUUAUAUUUUCCAUGCCUGAUUUGGUCUAUUAUUUACCUGCUAUAAGGCAACUUUUCUUUUAGAAAUUACAUGUAGAUAUUGUCUAGCCAAGUUUCAGCUAAUGAUAAAAAUACAUUGAAGUUUUUAUUUAAAUAUAUGGCUAAUUUUUAAAUACAUGCUUCUUUAACAUGUUGAUAGAUAAUUUUGUACAGACUCCAAGUUUGUUUGGGUUAUAUAGAAUUUACUUCUACUGUAGAUAUAUAUAUCUUCUUGUUUAUCUUGUUAUGUUUUUCUCUAUGACCUACAUUUAUCAUUAUUUAUAUAGCAUAAGGCUUUAAAUGUAAAACAUAUAGUAAAUCUGCCAUACUCGAUGCACAUAGUGUGUUCCUUGAGUUCUUUACAUUUUGGUAAAAUUUUGAUUGCUCUUUUCAAUUCUAGCCUAAUUGUCAAAUUGAAUUCAACUAAAAAAGUUUACACAAAAUUUGAAAGUUAAGAACGAAAAGUUUAAAUUUCAGAAUAAAAAUAAAAUUGGUUUAGAA